CGGGUUGAGAACUUGGGAAUGCGCACUACGCACCGCGUGUGACAGUAGCCUAGCCAGUAGCGAAGCGAGUUCUGUUGGUAGCAUUGAAAGAGUUGAAACGCCAAGCUUUAUUCAUUGUUGGGUCAAUUGAAGUCUAAAGAAAACAUAGAACGAAGAAGAAGAACAGAUCAGAAAAAUGGCGUCCAAAGUUCCAAAGAAGGCCAAUCUCCUGGAUCACCACUCCAUCAAGCACAUCCUUGACGAGUCUGUCUCCGAGGUCGUAACGAGUCGUGGGUAUGUGGAAGACGUGAGAUUGAGCAAUGCGAGGCUUUUCAUUGGGGCAAUCAUCAUCGUCAUUGCUUUAUUCGCCCAAUUCUACAAGAAGAAGUUCCCCGAAAAUAGGGAUUUUCUCAUCGCCUGCAUCGCCUUGUAUGUGAUCUUCAAUGGGUUGUUGCAGCUGAUCAUAUACACUAAGGAGAAAAAUGCCAUUCUGUUUACUUAUCCUCCUGUUGGAUCCUUUACUAGUACCGGUUUGGUGGUUUCCUCCAAAUUGCCUAGAUUUUCUGACAUGUACACACUCACUAUAGCCAGCGCAGAUCCAAAAUCAAUUUCUGCAAAUGAACCAGUACAUUUCACCAAAAGUGUCACUCAGUGGUUCACUAAGGACGGAAUCUUAGUUGAGGGCCUGUUCUGGAAGGAUGUUGAAGCUUUGAUAGUUCAAUAUACUAAAGAACCAAAGAAGGGCAAGUAAUAUGGAGACAUGAACUUUGGUUCUGCGGGAAACUUUUUGGAUGAGAAAACAUAUAUCUUGAUAUGGUUUAUAAUUCUAUACUUAGACAUUUAAAAAUAGAACUGAGGGAAUCACGCUUUCACCAGCUUUACAGCACAAUUUAUUCCCAUAUUUCAUCAGCUUAUUUCGUAGAAAAGGCUCGAACCUUUAUUUUCAUUUCAUUUUCUAAAAACUAUUAAUGGUUCUCGUACACUA